UGAAGCUAUGCUUUAGAAGGGUGUGGUGUGAUACUGUCAUAGUUACGUGUGGCACCACUCGGAUACCUUUCUUUGAUACAGGAGGCGUACAUCUUUCACCAUGACAACUUUAUGGGAUGACCUGGAGAGCAUUGUUGAUGCACCUUCCUCUUUCACAGUAAAGGGUGGAGAGAAAAGUAGCAUCAAGCCAAAAGCAGACUUUAAUUCUGGUGACGAUGUUGUAGCCCUGCGCAAAGCCAUGGAGGGAAUAGGUACAACAGAGAAGACCUUGAUUGACAUACUUACCCAUCGAAGCAGCAGUCAGCGUGAGACAAUUUGUAAAGCAUAUCUUGCAGCUACAAACAGGACUCUGGUGGAUGAUCUGAAAGGUGACACCAAUGGCAACUUCGAGCGGCUGCUUGUAGCCCUUGCUACCCCACCAGCUGCGUAUGAUGCUCAGGAAGUGGCGCGAGCAAUGAAAGGUGUUAAUGAUAACAACGCCAUGAUAGAAAUAUUUGCCUCCAGAACAAAUCAACAAAUCAAGGAGCUCGCUGCAGCUUAUUUGGAAGAGACGGAGAGAAAAAUUACAUUUGACCUCAAGAAGGAGGUCUCUGGACAAUUUGGCAAGGCCAUCCUCCUCCUAGCUGAGGGUGUACGGGAUGAGAGCACUACUGUUGAUAGUGCCAAGGCCAAAGAGGAUGCCAAGGCUCUGUAUGAUGCCGGCGAGAAGAAAUGGGGGACUGAUGAAGACAAAUUUAUAGACAUCCUAUGCAAAAGAAGCAUACCUCAACUGCGACAAACACUUGUAGAGUAUAAGGAAAUCAGUGGAAAGACCCUUCAGGAGAGCAUAGAAGGGGAGAUGUCUGGUAAUCUAGAGGAGCUGUUGGUGGCCAUCGUGAAAUGUGUGAAGAAUGUCCCUGCCUACCUGGCUGAACGACUACAUGAGAGUAUGAAGGGUGCUGGCACGGAUGAAGCCACACUGAACAGGAUCAUGGUCAGUCGCUCUGAAGUCGACAUGCUUGACAUCAGAGCUCAGUUCAAAAAGCUCUAUGAGGAUUCCCUUCACUCUUCCAUUGAGUCGGAUGUGUCAGACAGCUACGGGGAAUGUUUGAAGAUGAUUUGUGGAGGGGAAGACUGACAAAACUAACAGUCGAAGAGCAAAUCAGAUACACAUGGUAAUUAUAGGAAAACGCUGCUGAAAGUCUGUGGAGGAGAGGACAUUUAGGAAUGAAAAGGCAUUAUUUUUCACGACUUUGCUUUCCACUUUAAUGUUGGUAUUUGCAUCACUGCAAUGUGAUUGUGUGAUUUCUAUGCUACAUAAAAACUUAAAACAACAUGUAAACAACAGCAGCAACAACAACAA